AUGGUCGGGCUGUGCAGUGGCUCACAGUCUUUGAUGGAUGGGCGAGCGCAAGCGGAGAUAUACCAGAGUGUGGUGUCCUACGGCAUUCGGGUGCGGGACGAAGCGAGCUCGCCUGUUGCUUCGCUUCCGGCGGGUGCGUGGCUGGCGCUGCUAGCGCUCCUUGUUUGGACUGCCACGGUCACCAACGAGCUUCUCUCCAUCGUGUCCCUAACUUGGGCAAUGACCUCCCUUUCAGCAGACCAGACAGAGUUGGAUGCGGAGAACUUGUCACUGAAGCGGAUCAGCCGCGGCCGCGCAGUGAUGCUGACCCUGACAUCUGCCACGAGACUCAUCAUUGCAGCAAUGCUGGGAGUGACAGGAAUCCGCUACCUUGCGGCCACGGCAUCUGUCUCGGAGCUGAUCCUCAAUACGGUGGCGUUGGAGGUCGUUCUGCAUGUGGAUGAUGUGUUCUUCACCCUGCUCAUGCCCCACAAGGUGUUGUCGGCCGUGGAUCGUAUGGAGGAGAUCACUGUCACCCUG